UGUCAAGCCUUCUACUAGGUCACUGCUUCAUGCUUUUCAAGCUACGGAUCUUAUCCCUAGUUGCCUCGCCAUGAGAUAAAAAUCAUUUUUUAUAUGGGCGCUGUGUCUUACAACUUUAUUGCAUAAGCAGUACCAGCAACCGCCCAUAUUCUGAUUUGUUUUGAUCUGGGAAGCCCUCCGGUCGAGCUCGUCAGCGCAGAAAGACGGCUAUCUGCGUGGCCUGUUACGCCUAAAUUUUAAUCAUAAGAGCAAGCUUGCUCUUUGGUUGCAGUCAUGGCUACCGCCGAGGUCGAUAUUCCCUUCCUCUCCUCCCAUUACUCCAUUCCCGAAACCACUCUCACUACUUUGUCGCAAAAUCCCACAAUAGAGCUAGUCAAUCAGCUCCUGGAAAGCAUCUCCACCAAGGCUCACGAGGCAGAGGAACUGAAAUCUGAUAAACUACGGCUGGAUGUUGAGCUCGAAAAUGCUGUUCGCAGUGGGGAAUCAAAAGUGAAGGUUCUUAAAAACUCUGUCGAAAAAGGGUUGGCGGAAAUCACCAGUCUUCGCGGCAAGCUUCAAGAAUCAGAAAAUACGCGAUCGAACUUAGAAUCCGAACUCGCGACUCUGAGGUCAUCUACUAGUACCAGUGAAUCUGAGCUUAGUAGCCUAAAAGCCCGAAUCACUUCGUUGGAGACUUCAAAUCGCGAUACUCUCGCACUACUGGACUCCAAAUCCAAUGCGUAUGAUAAACUAGCGGAGGAACUAUCGACUCAGCAUAAGAAAACAAUCGAAUUACGACGCGAGGUCUCGAGUCUGGAACAAAAGUUACAGGCCGCGAACUCAGCCUCCUCAAGCACGCGUUUCCGCGAACAAAGCCUCCAGCAAGAGCUAGAACUUUUGAAGAAGAAUAACGAAUGGUUCGAAAACGAGCUGAAAACUAAAUCCGGCGAGUAUCUGAAGUUCCGGAAGGAGAAGAGCGCUCGCAUAUCUGAGCUGCAACGGCUAAACGAGGAUGCUAGCUCUAAUAUCGAUGCCUUACGGCGAAGCGAGAACGCGCUCAAAUCCCGCCUGGAUGAGGUUGAGCAAAAAUAUGAAGACUCACUGGCCACCAUUCAACAGCUCAAGGAAGAAGCCAUUCAGGCCACAGAAUCUUUCCGAAUCGAACUUGAUAGCUCGAGUAGGCUAGCGCAAUUGCAACAGACAUCCGCGGAGACUGCAAAGCGACGUGUGCAGGAAUGUCAAUUAGCCCUAGAAAAGACAAGAGAUGACGCUGCAGAAGAGAUCUCGAGGUUACGCGCGGAGAUUGAAACAGAGCAUUCUGACAAAGAGGCCGCGGAACGCCGUGUUGCGGAGCUUGAACUUAAUGUCAGAGAGCUACAAUCGGAAAUUUCAGCCGCGCGUAAUCAACCAAUGAGUCCUGGUCAGGGAGUGAAUGGAGCUGGUAUUUCCACGCCCCUCAGGCCAAGCACCCCUGUUGGCACUUUCUCACCGAGGGCUUCGCGUUCUAAGGGCGGUUUAACCCUAACGCAAAUGUACAGCGAAUACGAUAAGAUGCGGACGCUUCUCGCUACCGAACAACGAAAUAACCAAGAGCUAAGGGCUACUAUGGAUGAAAUGGUACAGGAUCUUGAGUCAAGCAAACCUGAAAUUGAUGAGCUUCGGGCGGAUCAUUCACGGUUGGAGGCUGCAGUUGUAGAAAUGUCCAAUAUCCUGGACACGGCUGGGAAGGAGAGAGAUGACGCAACGAGGGAAGCGCGGAAGUGGCAGGGACAGGUGGAAGGAUUGGAGCGUGAAGGACAGAUAUUGAGACAGCAGCUAAGGGAUCUGAGUUGCCAGGUUAAGGUCUUAGUUAUGGAGGUACAUUUACUUGGGUCAGACGAGAAGGAUUACGACAGGGAAGAGCUAGAGAAGAUAGCCCAGGGCGAAAUGGAUGAUAUAGCGCAGGACUUGAACGAAACUGGCCGCUUUAUUACACGACACUUGACGACAUUCAAGAAUUUGAAUGAACUCCAACAGCAAAACGUCACACUACGCAGGAUGCUCCGGGAUGUCGGUGAUAAGAUGGAGGGAGAGGAGGCUCGACGGAAAAACGAAUCUUACCAGAAGGAUCAAGAAGAACUGAAGGAGCUGCGUGUUAGGGUCCAAACAUAUCGGGACGAAAUGGCAAACCUUAUUGCUCAGACAAAGAGUUAUAUCAAGGAAAGAGACACGUUCCGCAGCAUGCUUACACGUCGCCGAGAGACCGGAGAAUCAACAUCCCCCUUUUCACAGUCUCUUCCAUUGGGUGCAGUGGCUCCUGUUGCUGUAGGAGAUAACGUUUCGCAGUCCCUAGAGGCUCCAAACUAUACGGAGCUUCUGCGAAAGCUGCAAGCUAACUUUGAUUCAUUCCGGCAAGAAACAGCCACCGACCAUUCAUCCCUAAAACAGCAAGUUAAUGAUCUUACGAGGAAAAAUAGUGAGCUGCAAAGCGAGAUCAGUCGCUCAAGUAGCCAGUUGGCGGCCGCCGUCCAGCGCGCUGAACUCCUCCAAUCCAACUUCAAUUUACUUAAGGGAGAAAAUGUUGAGCUUCAGAAACGGCACGCGACUCUCAUGGAAAAUGCGAACAAACAGGACUUAAGGACUCAACAAGUGGCGGAGGAUUUGGUGGAGGCAAGAGGGCUCGUUGAUAGUCUGCGAAGAGAAUCGGCAAAUUUGAAGGCGGAAAAAGACCUCUGGAAAAAGAUCGAGAAACGAUUGGUGGAGGACAAUGAAUCUUUGUUCAACGAACGUGCACGCCUCGAUUCUCUUAAUGCGAACCUCCAAUCUAUGCUGAAUGAACGGGAACACCUGGAAUCUGAAAGCCGCCGGCGCCUUCAGUCAACGGUUGAGAACUUGGAAUCUGAACUGCAAACCACCAAGCGAAAACUCAACGAGGAAAUGGAGGAAGCUAAGAAAUCAACGCUACGGAGAGAGUAUGAAAACAGCCAAAAUCAAAAGAGAAUUGACGAUUUAGUUACCAGCCUUAGCACGGUCCGUGAAGAACUCAUCGGCACGAAAUCCACCCGUGACCAUUUGCAAUCAAGAGUUGACGAGCUAUCUGUCGAGCUUAAGAGUGCGGAAGAACGACUGGAAGUUUUGCAACGGAAGCCCAGCGCUGCUACUGCUACUGUUCCCUCUGGUCCUGAUACCGAAGCUGGGAUCGCAGCGGGUGAGGGUGGGCUGAGUCGAGAGCAAGAGUUGGCCUUUGAAAUUUCCGAAUUAAAACGGGAUCUUGAAUUGGCUAAAUCUGACCUCGAACACGCGAAGGAGCAGGUGGAGGAUUACAAGGCCAUCAGUCAAUCCACUGAGGAGCGUCUUCAAUCGGUCACUGAUACAAAUGAACAAUAUCAAGAAGACACCAAUCGUUUGCUUGACGAGAAGGAUAACAAAAUAUCUGAACUGCAAAAGCGUGUCGAGGAAAUUACCUCUGAGCUUGCUAUGACCAAUGAUGAACUCUCAAAACUACGUGACCGGGAAGCUGACUCCCAACGCCGGUUCGAUGAUCAAAAGUCAAUGCUGGAGACCGAAAUUUCCAGACUCAAAGAGCAAGAAGAACGAUAUACGGCUGCUGCUCAGUACCAUCAACAAGAUCUCAAAGCCCAGGCCGAAAUUGCCCAGCAUGCUCAACAAAAUUACGAAAACGAGCUAGUGAAACAUGCCGAAGCAGCCAAAAAUCUGCAAAUUGUUAGAGCAGAAGCCAGUCAGCUUAAACUUGAAGUCGUCGACUUAAGAACCCAAGCUGAAUCCGCCAAAAAUAGCCUUUCGCGGGAGGAAGAAAACUGGAAUGAAAUGAAAGCUAGAUACGAAAGAGAAAUAACGGAGCUUAAUCGACGUCGCGAGGAAGUUGUCAAUCAAAAUACUCUGCUUCACCAGCAACUUGAAAACAUUACCCGGCAAAUUUCAACUCUGCAGCGCGACAAGGAGAGUAUGCCAGAAGAUGUUGACGAGUCAGGAUCGUCAGCAUCUAGCCUAGAAGGACUACAAGAGGUUAUUAAAUUCCUGCGAAGAGAGAAGGAAAUUGUUGAUGUUCAAUACCAUUUAUCGACUCAGGAAGCCAAACGCCUUCGCCAACAGCUCGACUACACGCAAUCUCAACUCGAUGAUACUCGGCUCAAGCUUGAACAACAACGUCGUGCUGAAGCUGAUACUGAACAUAAUACCUUGAACCAUAAAAAGCUAAUGGAUACUCUCAAUGAACUUAACCUCUUCAGGGAAAGCAGUGUCACCCUCAGGAACCAAGCGAAACAAGCAGAAACUGCCCUAACAGAGAAGUCUGCUCGUGUGGAAGAACUGAUACAACAAAUAAGUCCGCUGGAAACUCGUAUUCGAGAACUGGAGAACAUCGUGGAAACGAAGGAUGGAGAGUUCAAACUACUACAGGCAGAUAGGGACAGAUGGCAGCAACGGACUCAAAACAUUCUACAGAAAUAUGACCGUAUCGACCCUGUGGAAAUGGAAGCGCUCAAGGAGAAGCUUACUGCACUAGAAAAAGAGCGCGACGAAGCUGUUUCUGCUAGAGAUGAACUUCAGACCCAAAUAACAACAUUGUCAGCCCAGGUUAAGCAAGGAGAGGAACGGAUUCAAAUCAUGCGUUCAACCCUCACGGAUCAAUUUAAAGCAAGGUCGAAGGAACUCUCUUCUCGGGUUCAGGCCAAACAAGCGGAGCUAAAUACGGCAAUUCAGGAAAAGGAGGUUAUCCAACUUGAAUUGGAUCGCACGAGGGGAGAACUGAAUGCGCUGAAGGCGAAGGUACCAGAGGAUGGAGCCCCCACUCACACUCCAGCUCCCGCCCCCGUAAACCAAAGCGUUACGGAUGCCCAAAGGCCACCUGCUGUCCAGGGGACGGUGCCUGCAGCGAACGACAGCGCAGCUGCUGAGAAAAUUAAAGCCCUCGAGGAGAAGAUCCGAAGACUGGAGGCUGCACUUGCUGAGAAGGAAGCGACAAUCGAUCAAAAAGUCAAGGAACGGGUUGAUAAGAUGAAGCAGACGUUGAAUAACAGUCUUGCUGAGUACAAGGCAAUCCACAAAGAGGAGGUUGAAAAACUUAAAGCGAGUCACCAGCAAGAACUAGAGUCUGCGACCGCGUCGGCUUCUAAACCGGAUGGCGUUCCCGAGCUUAGUGAUGCUCAGGCAAGGGAGCUGGUAGCUAAGAACGAGACCAUCAGAGCGAUCGUUCGCAAUAACAUCAAGAAUGCCGUGACUAAAGAAAGAGCAGCUAUGGCGAGCAAGGAGGCGCAAGUUGCAGCGGCACCAAAUGCCGACGCCAUCAGGGAGUUGGAGAAGAAGUUCAGUGAGGAAAGGGAGGCGAUUAUUAAGGAACGAGAUCAGAAAAUUGGCUCUGCUGUUGAGCUAGCUGAGAAGAGAGUGUUGGCGAAGCUGAGCAUGACUGAGGGACGUGCGAGAAAUGCGCAGGCUAAAAUCGAAGUUGUUCAGAAGGCGGCCAUUGAAACACCACAAAAGCCUAUUGUUGAAGUUUGGGAGAUUGCUAAAGUUGCGCGGCCAGCGCCAGUAGCAGCGGUGGCCCAACCGCCUACCGCCCAAGCCCAACCUCCGCCUCCCACUCCUGUUCAGUCACCAGCGCCAAAACCAGCACGAACUGAACAUCCUGACGGUGCUCCAACCCCGACCUCACAGGCACAAACUCCUCAACCGCAAACACAAGUGCAACCUCAACCUCAACCCCCUCAACCAUCUCAAACGCCUCAACCACAACCAUCUCCGUCUCCUGCCCCUGCUCAACGCGCACCUCCUGCUGCGGCUGCUGCAAGUCCGAAACCUAAGCAGGCGACUCCUGCACGAGCCCCUCAAUCACAACAACAGUCCCCACAAUUACAGCAGCAGCAACAGCCCCCACCGCCAGACAAAACCAACCAAGCAGCUCCCGCUCAACAAGUGAACCAACCCCAGACUGCGUCAUCUCUCCCUAACAGGCCUCCGCAGAGCAAUCACCCAGCAAGUGGUACCGGCGCGAAUGUGCUUCGCGCGCUCCACUCUGGGCUUCCAAUUUCUCGGGGGGGUAGAGGGCGCGGAGUACCACCUAGCCAGCAACACAAUCCGUUCGGCCCGCAAGCUACCGAGCAGCAAGGAGGUCAGGGUCAACCACCUCAACAGCAGCCGCAACAGGGCAUAGGUCGAGGCUCCGGUUUACCGCGAGGCGGCGCCCGGGGCCGAGGUGCUCAAGGUCGCGGUGGCGCUCAAAACGUUCAGACCGGCAAUCUACCCCAGGGUCAAGGGCAGCCGAGUCCCAGAGGUGGACGUGGUGCACUCAAUGCUCACGCCCGUCAGUUUAUUCCUCAGGGCAACAAGCGAGCCAGAGAUGAUGGUGGGGAAGGUGGUGAUAGUGGAAGUGGGAAGAGGAUUCGUGGAGGCGGUGCGGGAUCUUAGGGACCUUUGUGUGGACCAGUCAGUGGGAUAUAUCAUUUACAUUUUGUUUGAUCCUAGAGGUCACUGAUUUUUCAUUUGUAUUUUCCUACCUUUCUAUUUUGUUUCGUUGUUUCAGGGGUGAUAUUUUGAACACCGGGAGCGUUCUUUUUAUUUUACUUUUUUCUUUUCUAUCAUUAUAAUUUCUGUUCUGGCGUCCCGUUUUCUUUUCUUUGGUUUUUUUUUUGUGACAUCCUAUUUCCUGAUUUUCCCCGAUCUCCCCUUGCAAGGCGAGGGAACAAAGCGGACGAGAUUUCUAUCCAUAUCUACUUUGUAUGUAUGUACUCUAUUCGGAUCGAAAAGCAUGUGCAUGGGCUUUCAUAGGGUCAUAGGGGCCUCUUAUCAUAUUUAUUCUCCAUCUUCUAGCAGUAUUUUUCUAGAAACCGUAAACAUUGGUAGUAUUCCGCAGGGUAUCCAGGACGCUAAAUCGCAAACAAACAAGGCUGAGCAAGCAAGCUACGCCCUCUGAGAUGAGAAACAAAAAACAAGAAAUAUUUAUCCCAAUAAAAAAGAAAAAUACCAAACCUCACCUCCUCCUCCCUCCCCCACCAAUACUCCCAGCCCCGAUCAACUUCACCAACCCUUCCCUCUCCUUCUCCAGCACCCCUAACCGACCCUUUUCCACGACAGCUCCCCCCAACCCAAAUCCAAGCUCUGUCUCAUCACUAUUAUACUGUUGCGCUUGUCCAUUGGCCCUUUUCCGUCUCUGUAACUGGCUCCCACCAGCACCAGUAUUACCACUACUCCCACCCCAUAUCACAAUCCAACUGCCAACGGCCCCAUCGUCCGGAAUGCAACAGCUGGGACAGACCUUCGCGUGCUGGCCGACGCGCACGCGCCGGCCCAGGACGGCAGCGGUAUCCACUGUUGCGGAGGAGGAAAUGUGGGUGCCAGCGCUGACGGUGGUAAGGGGUCCGAUGAGGACGGAGUUUUCUAGGAUUGUCGUCGUCGUUGCUGUUGUUGUUGGUGGUGGUGGUGGUGGUGCUAUGGUGAAGGAUCCGGUGUCUAUUGCGGCUGCGGUUGGUGAGGUUGGCGAAGUUUGCGGCCCGCCAAUUACGGAUUUUUCGCCUAUGAUGCAGCCGCUUCCGAUUUUAAUGGGUCCCUCGAAGGAGAGGAAUUUGGUUCGCGGGUGUAUUACGGUGCCUGCACCGAUGGAGAUGGGGUGGAUGCCCUGGAAGCUGGCGGAUUCGGAGAUGGUUGUGGAAGGAUGCGCGGUUACCGGGGGUUUGUAGCUUGGGGUGGAGGGUUUGUGGGAGGAGGAGGAGUGGCGGGAGGAAGAGGGUUUGAGGUGAGCUGGGUUUGUGGACAUAAUUGCUGCUGUGUAGUCUUGUUAUGGCAAGGGAUAAUGGUUUGAAAAAUCGUGAAUCUGGGCGAUGUCUGUUGUUCUGGCGUUGAUUGAAGUUGUUGUCUCUUAUCGAUAACGAGUGUGCAGACGGGCUACGUCAGAUAGUUAUACAAGUUGAAAGGCUUCUCUAAUGGGAUAUCUAAAUAUAUAUCAUCCUAACUCUAUCCUAUCUGUCUAAUAGCCUGCUAUUCGACUUCUGCUCCUUGUCCUUUAUCCGCACCUGUAGUAAUAUUCAUCCUCUUCCUCCAGUCCCAGACACCGCGAUCUACCUCCUCGCGCGUCAUCCCAUCCCGCACCAGACAGAACGAAACCCCCAAUUCCGUCUGCACAUUUCGAUUCCUAGCCUCGUCGUCAAAAAACAACAUAUCCUCAUACCGUAUGCCACUCGCCUGCUGUAUUCGUGUGAAAUGCUGCGCCUUAUCCCCAGGGAAAAUCUGAAUGUAGUCAAAAAAGUCCAGGGCGCGGACGGAGCGAUUGUUUGCUGCCGCCGGGUUAUCCGAGAAGGACGGGAUGAUGUAUAGUGUUUUAAGCAUAUCUCGAGCGAGGUCUGGGGCGUGAGUCCUCGAUGCAAGGCCUAAGGGUAUAGAUCGCGAGCGGCAUGCGUGUAGGAUGGAGGAUACGGCGGGGUAAAAUGCGAAAGAUUCACCCCACCUAUAUAUACCCAACACCGAAAUCAAAGAACAAAAAAACGUCAGUCGCAAGUAGGAUGACUAUAGUUAUAUCUCAUUCAUCUACAAAGUACAGCAGGUAUAGUCACGUUCAAUCUGUGACGGUGACGGCGAGCGGGAAACAGAGCGUGAAAAGAAGAAGGAAGAUAUUAAAAAGGGCCGGCCAGCCAUACCUAUCCACGCAUCGCGAAUUAUUGUCCUUUGCUUUCAGCGGCGGACUAACGUGUGUGUCGACCCAAAACGGCCACAAGGUAUAAUCCAGAUCAAAAACAAAGAGUUUAGGCAACGGGAGCCCGUCAUUGAAGGUCGAUGGCGCAACCGUAGGAUCUUCGAGGGCUGGCUGGGCUUUUGCUUCUGAGCCGCCGCCUUUUGUUCUGGCCAUUUGGGUGGCCUGAGUGUAUUAUCAAGACAAAAUAUCAACGGCGUGUGAAGAACCUGGCCCCUACAAACGAGAUGGGAGGAAACUAAUGAUAAGGUCUAGGAUGGGAUAGUUACUGUAAAUCCUCUCUCAACGUGAGUUUCGCAAUGCCGCCGGCGUCUGUAGCCGAACCCAAGCGAGCAGUACGUUCUGUCACGAAGAAGAGUAGGAUCGUGGAAAUCAUGUCAUUUUUUUAAUUAUGAUAAAUAGUUAGCUAUAUAAAAC